CGCCCCGAGGGUGGAGGCUCCGUCUGUGCUCAAAUAACCACGGCUGCUCCUUCACCCUCCCGUCUCUGUUCCGUCCCAGCGAUUUUGAAUACACCCUGGGGUCACCCAAAGCCAUCCACAUCAAAUCCGGGGACUCUCCCAUGGCCUACCUCAACAAAGGACAGUUCUACCCCAUCACGCUGCGGACAGCUGGAGACAGCAAAUGUUUGCACUUGUCCUCAAAUAAAGUGAAGAGCGUGGUGAUGAUCGUGUUCGACAACGAGAAGAUCCCCACGGAGCAGCUCAAGUUCUGGAAGCACUGGCACUCGCGGCAGCCCACGGCCAAGCAGAGGGUCAUCGACGUGGCCGACUGCAAGGAGAACUUCAACACGGUGCAGAACAUCGAGGAGCUGGCGUACAACGCGCUGUCCUUCGUCUGGAACGUGCACGAGGAGGCCAAGGUUUUCAUCGGGGUGAACUGCCUGAGCACGGAUUUCUCCUCGCAGAAAGGGGUGAAGGGCGUCCCCCUGAACCUGCCAGGCCCAGCCCCUAAGCCAGGCCCAGCCCUAAGCCCAGCUGCUCUCUCCCCCGCAGGUCUCAAAGGCUGUUUGCUCUCAGGCUUUCGAGGGAACGAGAUCACGUUCCUGCGGCCCGAGAGCGACCUGGAGACCCCCCCGGUUCUGUUCAUCCCCAACGUGCAYUUCUCCAGCCUGCAGAGGGGCUCGGUGCUCCCUGCUGCUGCUGCUCCCAACUCUGCAACCAGGCUGCCCCUAAAGCGCAGCGGCGACGACUUCGACCCCAUUCCUGCGAAGCAGAGCAAGGACGAGGAUCCCCAGAGAGUGCUGCUCUACGUGCGCCGCGAGGCCGAGGAGGUGUUCGAUGCUCUCAUGUUGAAAACCCCGGAUUUGCAGGGCCUCAGGACAGCUAUUUCAGAAAAAUAUGGGCUUCCUGAAGAAAGCAUUUAUAAAGUCUACAAAAAGUGCAAAAGAGGGAUCCUGGUGAACAUGGACAACAACAUCAUCCAGCACUACAGCAACCACAUGGCCUUUCUCCUGGACAUGGUGGAGGCAGAGAACAAGUUCCAGAUCAUCCUCAAGGAGCUCUAAAGAGCUGCAGGCAGCACUUCUGGGACUUCUCUCCGAGUGUGACCCCACAGAACUCAGCCUCGUGCCCCUUUUUUUGCCUUGACUGGAACACCCACGGCGGCGGGGCCGGGCCACAGACUGCUGUGAGAUCAUCCUGUGAACGUGGAGCUUGGCUCUGUCGAGUUUAUUAUUAAUAUUAUUAUUAUUAUUAUUAUUACUAUUUUUUAUUUUAUUUUAUUUUAUUCCUCUCUGGCGCCAGGCCGUUCCAGAGCGUUGGGCACACGGAGUGAGCGUGCCAGGCCUGGGCACAGAGCAGAGCUGGUGGCAGUGACAGUUUGGUGUCACCAACUUUGGCAGGGACUGAUGCCAGCCCAGGUUUUGGCUUUUCCAGAACAUUCCCAGCAGGAAGAAUUCCUCCCAUUCCCAAUUCCCAGUUCCCAGCAGGGCUGAGCCCACCCCGAGCUCCUCUCUGCCACUCCUGCAGAACGGACRGUGCCCGCUCAAAACCCUCCCCUGCCACAUCUGGGACUGCAAAAACCUCCACGACUUUGUUUCUACAUUUCUGUACGGUUCCUUUUGUAUUUGACACGUGUAUAAACCUGAAUUGUUUUCUACUGGACUCGGGAMGGUGACACAGAGCAUUUCAAACACGGGCUGCUUCACGUUUCUCCGUGAGCUCCUUUUGUAACUGUGUUGGUUGUGUUGUUUUGGAUAUUCCAUAGAAAUAAAGGCUCAAGGACAGAA